AUGACAGACCAAACCGCCGACAACGCACUUGCGGAUGUCAACUUUGACGAGUUUACCUACCCAUGCACGACGGAUUCUUGCGCAUUUUGCACCCUUCCAGUCCGAGAAAACGAUACAAUCGUAGCCAUAAACUCAGAGACCGGCGAAUUAAGUCAACCAAGCACCAAGACACCGUGCUUCCCUGGCUGCGCUCACAUUGAUGGCCUAUGGUAUGCUGUCCACGGCCUAUGCAACGAACCCACCCAAUAUGUAACCUUGGAUAUUUGUCGAGUCACUGCUACAGACUACAACCUCAAUGAGACGGACGAGAUCCGAUACGAAACAGCCGUGGCAUGCGAACUCGGCAUAGCUCAGGAAUCUCGUCAGUUUCUCAAUGCUACUGAGAGGUUGGAGAUACGCAGCCGCCUCAGAGCGCAGACAAAGCGCCUUGAACUAGAAGGGAGACCAUGCCGAUCUUUCGGAGACGUUGACCUUACAGAAAAAGUGUAUGCUACAUAUGAAUUAUUCCACACCCACCGGUUCCUCGCGACACUCAGUAACACGGAGACGGAUGGGUCGGUUGUCAUCUACUGUCCCUCGCAGCUGCUUAGUCCUCCUACGGAGGAGGAGACACCUGCUCGAGCCUUUGUGCUGCGCAACCAGCUCGGCGUGCUAGAUGUUACGAUUUGUGCCAACAACGAAGAUGAGGUUCUCCGGGAUGGACUUAAACUUCGACACAUUUUUAACAACGCGGAGUGGGAAGCAUCCCACCCAAGCACACUGUGGCCGAAGCCCAUGCUUAGCGGUGAUUUGGUUAUGAACACCCUGAUUGUCGAAGACCUAAAUGUUAAACGAUACAAGCUAGUCAAAGUUAACCGAGACAAUUGCGUAGGUUAUUCUAUUGGUUGCAACGACUGCGGCGGCCUGAUCGACAUUGUAGCGCACAGAUACCAUGACGAUGACUACAGCUAUUAUCAGAUUAACGGCCACCACGCGACAAUCUGGUCGCAUUUCACCAUUGACCGCAACGAGUAUAUCCGCGACAUCUGGAAGCGACGACAUCCAAACAGUUCUGAUUAUGCUUUAGUGUUUACUACCACGGCGAACCGUGUACAUGUCGCCGGUGUCCAUCCGCCCCAAGGAACAGACGACGAGUUUGAAUACCAGCUUCUUGCGCGACUUGAAAGGUUGCCGAUUGACAUGUACAUCGAAAACACCAACGGCGUCAUCGCGGAGAUGGGAUUCCUUCCAGAACGUAGCACAAACUUAGACCCAAGUAUUCGGCUAUGUGUUCCUAGGGCACUGGGUACUUAUCCUACCACUCUCCUAGGACGGCAGCAUUUCAGGACAAGUGCAAGUCUGCGCGGCGUUCACUGGGUACAGCCGUGCUUUAUCGGGCACGUCAUCACGGGAAUCGUCGUCCAGUAUACAGAGGGCACAACAGCCUGCCUGGGCCAUGUGGUACUGGAGAAGUUGAAGAGGCCCAUCUACAAGGCCCCCGAUGAAAACAUUAUCUUCGCCUCGGAGCCCUUACCUGGGAACUUGGGAAUGUGCGUGACAGACAUUACCAUGGCGAGGUGUGAUUCGGUCGACCGCGGAUCUCUUGUUAGUGUUGAAGCGAUGGGGACGUUGGAGUGGUGGUUCAUAGGAUUAGCGUCUGAGUUGAUUUGGUUUGAGCACGAGGAGUACGACGGUUGA